AUGGCGGGUGGAGGAGAUGACCUUAUCUUCGUCUACGGCACGCUCAAGCGGGGUUUCUACAACCACUAUCUGCUCGAAGACCUAAUCCGAGCGGGCGCCGCCGCCUACCUCGGCCCCUGCACCACCGUGGAAGCUUAUCCACUGGUGUGCGGGCCCUACGGCAUCCCCUACUUAGUCAAUCUGCCCGGGUCGGGUCAGCGGAUCCGGGGAGAGCUCUACUCCGUGUCGUCGGUGCAUGGCCUCGCCCGCCUCGAUGAGCUUGAGGGCGUGGAUCGGGGCCACUACGAGAGACUGCCGGUGGCUGUGGCGGCGGAAGGCGGCGGACAGGAUGCGGAGGCGUAUUUUGCGCAUAGGGAUUUUGGGGAGAAGCUGUGGAAGAGGUGCGGGGAGGUGGGAUUGAGUGAGUUUAAUGUGGAAUUGGGGAAAAGGUAUGUGAGGAGGGAAGAUAGACCCAUUGAUUAUUGCUUCAUUGAUGAUAUCCACAAAUUCAUUUUGGAGGGCGAUUCCUCUCUUUCUUCAUGAAUUAGGUUAUUUUACAACUGUUUUCAGAUUGAAAGAAAGCAUCUUCUUUCACAUUCCUCUUGUUGACCAAUGCUAAUAGCUGCUGUGACUAUGAAAAUAUGGCAUUUGUCUUGUGCUUUGAUGGCAAACUCCAGUUCUGACAGAGGAAAAGAAUGGAGAUCUAUCAACUCCUGCUCAGCCCAGCAGCCCUUUGAAAAGAUUGAACUCGUGCAGCCAUCAAGCCCUAUGUGACUCACAUGCUUCACAUCUGUUGAUUUAUGCUAUAUAUGGGAGGACUAGUCCUGUUGCUUACCAAAUAACUGUGAGAAGUUUUUGAACAGCUUCUGAAAUAUUGGGAGGGCGGUCUUCCAGUUUUGACUCGAUAAACUUUUUUCAUCGUCCAGACAUCCCUCUUCCUCGUCCUUGGUUUCCUCUUCGUGUUUCUCUUCACAGACGCAACAAAGUUAGCCUCGAGGAAAGGUAAAAACAGGAACAAAGAGAAGAGAGCUGGAUUCAGUAUGAAAUGAGAGGGGCUGAAUUGGUACCAUGCUUUGAUCUUUUAGCAUGCUGCAUCACAACUGGAAUGCUGGAUUCAGAGAUGCAACCUGCAGCGAAGGGAAGGAGCACGAAUCUUUCCAGUCGAUCCUUCAUGUUGAAACGAGCUACGAGGAUGAAUGGAGGACUCAAAUUGUUAGAAUAUAUAUGCUGCUGCAUAUUGGCUUUAGUUUUAAGUUAUAAUUAUACUGAGGAAUGGGAGUCAAUAUCCACUCGAGUUUUAUGACACCAAGUACGUAACAUUAUGAAUACUGAUGUGAGUUUUAUUCACAUAUGAUUGCUGGAUUAUAAUUUAAACAUACAAUAUUAUUUUC